AUGGUUUCCAUAGUGGAUAUCGCCAUGCCUAAGAAGUUUGUCCAGCUGCUGGUUUUUAAUUUGACUCUGAUUGAAAUUGUUCUAAGUGGGAAUGUGCUAAUUUGGCCUACAGAUGGUAGCCAUUGGUUAAAUAUUAAGAUCAUUCUAGAAGAGUUGAUUCAAAGAAAUCACAAUGUGACUGUACUGGCUUCAUCAGCAACUCUAUUGAUCAAUUCCAAUGUGAAGUCUCCUGUGAAUUUUGAAGUGAUACCUGUUCUUUUUAAGACAAGCGAUAUAGAUUCCUUGGUAGAACAUAUGAUAAUGCUGUGGAUAGACCACAGACCAACUCCUCUCACACUGUGGACUUUCUACAAAGAACUAGGAAAACUCGUAGAUACUUUUUUUCGAAUUAAUAUACAAAUCUGUGAUGGCGUAUUAAACAACCCCAGGUUAAUGGCGAGACUUCAGAAAGGUGGUUUUGAUGUGUUGGUAGCAGACCCAGUAACGAUCUGUGGUGACCUGGUUGCUCUGAAAUUAGGAAUUCCAUUUAUGUAUACCUUGAGGUUCUCUCCAGCCUCAACGGUAGAGAGACACUGUGGAAAAAUCCCAGCACCAGUCUCCUAUGUACCUGCAGCCUUGUCAGAGCUCACUGACCAGAUGACCUUUGCUGAAAGGGUUAAAAAUACCAUAUCUUAUCCACUGCAAGACUAUAUAUUUCAAUCCUACUGGGGAGCAUGGAAUUCAUACUACAGCAAAGUUUUAG